GGGUGGUACGACCCCCCCCCCCCCCCCCCCCGGUACGUUGCCCAGAGCCAUGAAUUACUCCAGUCUGAGCACGGACCCGGCGUCUGCUGCUAACGGAAGCCUGGUAGACGGGCUCCCAGGCCGGGCUUUCAACUUCUCCUGCCCCCUGGGCUUGGGCCAAAACGAGCCACUGGAGGCCUGUGUCCUGGAGACGGUGGUCAUUGUCCUGAUGACGGUGCUCAUCAUCGCCGGAAACCUGACGGUCAUCUUUGUGUUCCACUGUGCCCCGCUGCUACACCACUACACCACCAGCUACUUCAUCCAGACCAUGGCCUACGCCGACCUGCUGGUGGGGCUGAGCUGUCUGGUGCCCACACUGUCCCUGCUCCACUACCCUGCCAGCGUCCAGGAGCCCCUCGCCUGCCAGGCCUUCAGCUACGUCAUCUCUGUCCUCAAGAGCGUGUCUAUGGCCUGCCUGGCCUGCAUCAGCGUGGACCGCUACCUUGCCAUCACCAAGCCACUGUCCUACAACCAGCUGGUGACUCCUUGCCGCUUGCGCUGCUGCAUCGCCCUCAUCUGGCUCUAUUCCAGCCUGAUCUUCCUGCCCUCCUUCUUUGGCUGGGGCAAGCCCGGCUACCACGGCGACAUCUUUGAGUGGUGUGCCCGCUCAUGGCCCACCUCGGCCCUCUUCACGGGCUUCGUGGUGUGCCUGUUGUACGCGCCGGCUGCCCUCGUGGUCUGCUUCACCUACUACCACAUCUUCCGCAUCUGCCAGCAGCACAACCGAGAGAUCAGCGACCGCCGGGCCAGGUUCCCCAGCCAGGAGAUGGAGGCUGUAGAGGGGGGAGGCAGUGGGGGGAGCCAGGGGGGGCACGGGCCCGACCGGAGCUACGCCAUGGUCCUCUUCCGUAUCACCAGCGUCUUCUACAUGCUAUGGCUGCCCUACAUCAUCUACUUCCUGCUGGAGAGCUCCCAUGUGCUGGACAGCCCCGCCCUCUCCUUCAUCACAACUUGGCUGGCCAUUAGCAAUAGCUUCUGCAACUGCGUUAUCUACAGCUUGUCCAAUAGCGUGUUCCGCCUGGGCAUGCGCAGCCUGUCGCAGACCAUUUGUUCCUUUAGCCACUGCUCAGCGGACGACCGGGACUUUAGACAGCCCAAGCCCAGGAAGAGAUCCAACUCCUGCUCCAUUUGAAAGAGGGAUCCUCAACGGAUGACUUUUCUUGAACCUGCAAAUAACAAACUAUCUGGCGCUGGGGAAUGUUGAGCAGUGAGUUGUUCAGGGCUGAACCUGAUGCACAGUAUUCUUGUUGUGAUAGUCUUAGUGGACAUUGGCAAGACUGUUGUCAUGUUUAACAGGGAUUUAUUUGCAUCAAGAGCUCAUGAAGCAUAUGUAGUGUCCAAACAGGCACUUCUAGCGGGAGACAGAAACUCUGUGGCUCCCUUUAAUCUGCGGUGUUGCUUUUUUAGUUAGAACCCCCACAUAGAAACUAGUUGCAGCAUGGCUGUCGUCUAACGCUUCAUUCUCCCUCGGUGUCCUCUGCUAGCCCAUAGGAAGUCACCACCGUAAAUUGUGAAAGAUUCACAAACAUUGCCAUUAAAUCGUCAAAUGAGACCACACGAUUAAUUGUCUGUUGAUUUUGGUAGAAGAUUGAUGUGGGUGAUGUUGAAGUUUUUCUAUAUCAUUUUUUAGAUUGAAUCUAAAUUGCCCUGCAACAGCAAGUUUGCAUUCUCCCUAUGAUUAGCAUUAGCCUACAGGUCUCCUUAUUAACACACAUUCCCCUGGCGUAACAAGGUAAUAAAUCGUUUACAACCACAUUGGCGUUUCAACUGUACAAGCACAAGUGAGGUAAACCGUUUCCUUACUGUUAGAGAGCAGAUGGUGUUUGUGGCUAUGACUGUUGUUUCCUAAUGGAAGUAAGCACUGCUCUACUCUUGGAGGACUGGUCCCCCAGCAGGUCUGCUUGGUUCAGGGUCCGUCUACUCGUAUUGAGGCAGCUAAGUCCCUGGGUGGUGGUGGUAAGGGGCGGGUGUUGGUAGGGGUUGGUCGGUAAGAUUUUGGGGCUAAAGAAGAGCCUGUUAGAAAAGAUUCAGGGAAAGUGUGCUUUAGUGUGUGUUAGUGGCAGCUUUGGGUAUCUUAGGGAAAACAAAAGGGUGUAGAGGUUAGCUGGGUCAAAUCAGCGUGGGGCUUGGCUCGAUGUUUCUUUGUGUAUCACUUUCCGUAGACAUUGUAAUUCGAGGCCGGCCUCACAUGUCUGGUUUUUAUACUAUAUCCAAUUAAUCAGCACUAGAAGAUUAUUUGGAUUUGGUAAAUUCUAUUCUAUUGAAAAGGUGGGUAUUUGUGCUCCUUGUCCUGUACUGCUCCUCCAUAUUUGUUUCUAUCCUUAACUCGCUUACGUGCCAAGACUGUUACCAGGUCACCAGGGGUCUGUAGGACACGCCACGGCCCGCCCACGCCAUGCCGUCAUGUGGCGUUAGCAUUCAACCAGCUCCUUAGUUGGACAUAUUCAUAUUCAUCAAGAUAGGGCUAUCCGAUUGUUUAAGGUUGAGUCAAAUCUAAAUUUGAAUCAUUUUGAAAUUUCCUUUAUUCCUGUAUUUUCGUCGAUCUUUUGGGAUGCUUUCUGUUUGGCAAGAAACAGAAAUGGUUGAAGUAACGAGGCUUAUAUUGAGACUAUUGAUAAAGUCAUUAAAUUGUACCAUUUUGGGGAAAUGGUCCUCUCCUGGGUCCAUUCCAGAUUAUUCUUUUUAAACUGUAUGUGCGUAACAAUGUUGAUUCAUGAUUUUUUUGUCCGUGAGGUAAUGGAAAGAAAAGUAUCCCUGGAGGAAAUCCAUUAUUUAGUUCAGAAAGAAAAAGAAGUGUGUAUUUUGUUCCAUCUCUCUCUUGCUGGUCCGUGGCUUCAGAGUUUGAUGAGGUCUCACAACCUUAUCCUAGUCCAACCAUAUUCUACAAGCUUACUUUUACCAUUCCUACCCUUCCUUCCUCUCGUUUUUUAUUCAUCAGCAUUUAAUGUACGUUUAGAGUUCUCGUGGACAAUAGAGAGAAAUGCAAAGGUUGGUAUCUAAGCACUGUGUCGUCAGAUAAUAGAGGCAAACUAGUGAUAUUAAAGAUCGCAUAUAGGCAUAUAGCCCAGGCAUUGCAGCUACCAAAAUAACAUUGGAACGUGUGUGUGUGUGUGUGUGUGUGUGUGUGUGUGUGUGUGUGUGUGUGUGUGUGUGUGUGUGUGCGUACAGUCUGUAUGUUUAUGUAUAUAUGUAUAUGUGCAUAUAUAUGUAUGUAUAUGUAGGCCUGUCACGAUAACAAAUUUUUCUGGGCGAUUAAUUGCCCCAGAAAUUAUUGCGAUAAGCGAUAAUAUUGCAGUUUUUCAACUAAUAUAAUGAUAAUUGCAUAAUAAUGCAGGUACACCCUUUCGAGGAUCAAUAAACUUUUAUUUUUAAAGAAUAAUGAAACUGGACGUCUGGAAGACGUUUCAAAUAUCCAGAAUAAAUUAACAAAACAAACAAAAACAAUAAAUAAAAUGGACUCUAUUUUAACAAAAAA